CAAUAUGAAGCAAAAUAUGAAGCAAUAUGAAGCAAAAUAUAAUGUUAAAUAUAAUGUGAAAUAUAAUGUGAAAUAUGAAAUGAAAUAUGAAGCGAAAUAUGAAGUGAAAUAUGAAGUGAAAUAUGAAGUGAAAUAUGAAGUGAAAUAUGAAGUGAAAUGGAAAGCAAAAAUAAAACGGAGUAUGAAGCGAAUUAUAAAGCAAUGUAAAAAGUGA